UAUUCCUCAUCUUCAAAUGUUUCUUUUUGGGAUAUUUUUCUUUGCUUAUGUGAUUAUCUUGAUGGGCAAUGGAAUGAUCAUUCUCAUAACAAGGGUUGACAAGGCUCUUCAGACUCCCAUGUAUUUUUUCCUGGCAAAUUUUUCCUUCUUGGAAAUUUGUUAUGUGUCAAUCACUAUUCCCAAAAUGCUCAUGAACCUUUGGACUCAGAAAAGAAACAUUUCUUUGUUUGAAUGUGCUACACAAAUGUGUUUUUUCCUUAUACUGGGAGGUACGGAGUGUAUGCUCCUGGCAGUGAUGGCCUAUGAUUGCUAUGUGGCCAUUUGUAACCCUCUGCAGUACCCUCUAGUCAUGAAUCACAGGGUGUGUAUCCAGUUGGUGGCUGGCUCCUGGAUCACUGGAAUCCCACUUCAGAUAGGGCAAAGAUAUGAAACUUUCUCUCUGCCUUUUUGUGGAUCUAACCAAAUCAACCACUUCUUCUGUGACAUCCCCCCAAUAUUCAAGCUGGCCUGUGGGGACACCUAUGUGAAUGAGAUGUCACUCUGCAUACUUGUUGUGUUGUUUAUCACAGUUCCAUUUCUGUUGAUACUUGGCUCCUACGGCAAAGUCAUCUCCACCAUCCUGAAGUUGCCAUCAGCCACAAGUCAAGCCAAAGCCUUCUCCACCUGCUCAUCUCAUCUUAUGGUUGUGGCUUUAUUUUUUGGGUCAGGAAUCAUUACAUGUUUUCAACCCAAAUCCAAACACUCUUCUGGAACAGACAGGUUUCUCUCUCUUUUCUAUACCAUUGUUGUUCCAAUGUUUAACCCCAUGAUAUACACUCUGAGGAAUAAGGACGUUAUGGUGGCAUAGAGAAAAUUGCUACCUUAAUGUGUAGUCACAUUAGCCACUAAUGUAAACUUAUUACAUCUUUUCUCAUUUAAUUCUGCUGUUUUAUAAUCAGAAAUUAACUUUUAAUUUGAUAUCCUGCCUUAGCACAGAUCGAUUAUCUUUAUUCAUUCCUGACCUUGUCAUUUUAUAUCAGACUUUCUGAUAUCAGGGUUCUAUCCACAAUGGUUGCAUUGCAAUUAAGAAUUUAAUUAUUUUGACAAAUUUCAUAUACAGGGAACUAGUUUAUCACUCCAACAAAUUAACCGUGGUUUCAGACUGUUUAUUGAAUAAUGUUGUCUCUCAUAUCUAGUUAUUAAUUUCACAAUACCUUUUUCCCUAAAAAUCAUUUGCCUUUACAUAGCUUUUGUUUUUGUUGAAUGUUUCCCUUAUGUGAUCAUUGUUUACUUUUUUUUUUCAUAGAGAUAUCUGCUGGUAAAGAGUAUUGUAUAUAGUAACCUUUGGAAAAUAUUGUUGAAAUUAUGUUUUUAGACAUUUUACUCACUCAACACAUUGAAGUUACCUCUUUAAGAUUUUCUAUACAAAGCUAAACUAAAACCAAACACAUUUCUGCUGUGUCAAUUCUGACUCAUAGCAACCCUAUAAGAGGCUAGAGCUGCCCCAUAGGGUUUCCAAGGAGCGG